AUGCGCUCGUCCCUUGGUACAAGCCUCGGUGUGGUAAGACGCCGCUCGCAGCCCGCCGUGCGCCUCACCCGCCCUCUGCUCUGUCUUCAGCAGCUGCAGCAGUCACACCUGCCCCGGCAGCACCUGCAGCAGCAGCGGAACCCCUACCCGGUGCAGCAGGUCAGCCCGUUCCAAGGUCCGCCCCAGGACAUGGCGGCCGUGAGGAGCCAGGCGGCCCUUCAGAACAUGAGGAACUCGCGGCUGAUGGCGCAGAACGCGGGCAUGAUGGCAAUGGGCCCCUCCCAGAACCCGGGGACGGUGGCCACGGCGGCUGCCCCGUCGGAGAUGGGGCUGGCCCCGUACAGUGCCGCCUCUACCAGCCAGCCAGGCAUGUACAACAUGAGCCCAGGAAUGACCCAGAUGUUGCGGCACCCGAGCCAGAGCGGCAUGAGCUUGGCGCACAGCCCCGCGCAGGGGCCCAGGCAGCCCGCCUCCGGGCAGGGCGUCGGGGUGGUCAGCGGCUUUGGGCAGAGCAUGCUGGUGGACUCGGCCAUGCCCCAGCAGCACCAGCAGCUGAAGGGGCCAGUGGGCCAGGCCUUGCCGAGACCCCAGGGCCCACCGAGGCUGCAGACCCUCAUGGGAACAGUGCCACAGGGCACGCAGAGCUGGCCGCAGCGGGGCCCACAGGGGCGGCCGGGGAGGACUAGUGGCGAGCCGGGGUCCUUCAACAACGGGGCCAGCUACCCGCUCGCGGCUGGCCAGCCGAGGCUGAGCAAGCAGCACUUCCCGCAGGGCCUGAGCCCGGUGGUGGACGCCAACACGGGCGCCGUGAGGACCCUCAACCCGGCCGCCAUGGGCCGGCCGCUGAUGCCGCCGCUCCCGGCACAGCCAGGCGCCGGCCAGGCCCGGCCCAUGGUGAUGUCGGGCCUGAGCCCGGGCGUCCCUGGCAUGCCGGCCUUCAGCCAGCCCCCAGCACAGCAGCCGAUGCCCGGCGGCAGCUUUGCCCCGAGCAGCCAGGCCGCAGGCUACGAGAGGAGCCCCUCCCAGGACCUGUCCUACGGCUACAGUGGCGAGGCCGCCACGGCCGCCUUCCCCGGGCUCUCGGACAGCACCGACCUGGUGGACUCCAUCAUUAAAGGGGGGCCGGGCGACGAGUGGAUGCAGGAGCUGGACGAAUUGUUUGGAAACCCCUAGUCACGGGAACCCCCAGGGCCACGAUUCCGGUGGUCAGAGCUUAAGCCGUGAAAACAGGAUGUCACCCAUCCUUGUUUUUUUGUUUUUUUGACCCACGUAAACUGAGCAGAACUACAGCGGGCUACCGUGGGAGACGCGGGAGCCGCCCGCCGCACUCUGGGCCUCCUCCAGCCGAUUUUCACAGAGCCGUCCAGACGAGCAGACCCUGCUGCCAGAGAGGGGGCCGCCCGGGGCAGGUGGGGCGCCGACGGGAGCCCCCUGCCAGGCGCGCCCGGGCCGCCCGGCCCAGCGUCAGCGGCUCCAGCGAGGGGACUGCUGUGUUGAUGGCCCGGCAGCCCUUCCUGGCCGGCGCCAGAGACCGCAGGUUUGGAGACACGAGACAGGGCCCAGGGCCCCAGAGCCGCCCGGCGCUUCUGGGUGACCAGCACGGCUGCAUGCCGGGGCCACGGGGCGUCCGCUCAGGCAGAAGCCCGAGGCCCGCUGCGCUUUGGGAGGGUGGACACGAGGGGCGGGAGCUGUCACGGGCAGGACAAAGGCCCACCUGCUGCCUGAGCGACCCUUAACGGGAGAACCAAGAAGGCUUGGGGCAGGUCCGUCCAGCAGUCCUGGGGGCCCUGCAAGGGGCGACCACGGUCCUCGCUCCGGGGUGGGGCCGGGACUCUGCUGACUCGCCCGGCGCGGCACCGGGACUGUGGCCGCCGGGCCCAGCCGGCCAGGGUCUGCUGCCUGGCCGCCUGCCUCCCCACCCGCCUGCCCUCCGGCCAGCGGCCUGUGCUUCUCCUUAAGGACUAUCCAGGAAGAGAUGACGCUCUCGUCUCCAGGCAGCCCGGGCGGGGCCCAGACAAAUAUAAGAAGCCCAGACAAGGCCUGAAGUGCAGAGGCAGCCGGUGUCCUGAUGCAGAGCAGCGUGAGCAGAAUCUCCCUGGGCUCGGCGGGCCACGCCCACGCGCGGGCGCUAGGAAGGAGCCGCCCGGGCCCCGCUGGGGACCCCAGGGGGCCUGGCUGGGGUCGCAGGCUCCGGCUCUCCGUGGGACCAUCAGGAGUCAAGCUCGCCUUGCCGUGGAGAGACAAAUCUAAAGCCCGGAGAGAAGGGAGGAGCUGAGUGUGCCGCCUUACACGCUUUGAUGACAGAAAGGCAGACGCGAUUCUCCGAGGGGGCAAAGUCCACUUGAGGCGGCCAAGGACCGUUGUUCUCUCGGUCACUCACUCAAAUCCACCUAAAGUGAAAUCUGCUGGCUGGAAUCAGCCUCCACGCCCAAGCCCACAAUCGGCGAGGCGGCUCUGGCUCAGGCUGGCCCUGGUCUCCCAUCCCGCCCGAGGCCGCGGGGGAGGUUGUCCUGGGCCAGGAGGGUCAGCUGCUCGCACUGGCCCCCUUCCGUGUCCCCCGCUGCCUCUGCCUCAAGCACCCAUCACGCCAGAGCCGGGCCUCGGCGCCGGCCUGGCCCCUCUGGGGGAAGCCACAGAAGGGGUGUCGGAAUGGAAAGGGGGCCCGAGGGAGCGAGGCGGGGGCAGGGAGACACAGCCCCCACCCGCCCGCCGGGCCCCAGGGUUCUGGAUCUGCUGGGCGAGGGCAGGGGGGCGGGCGGGCUGGCAGGGUGCCCCCUCCGGGCAGAGCGGGGUGGGGGUGCACCUCCGUGCGGGAGCUGCCGGCCACACAAGAAAACCAAAAAGGAAAGGAGCAGUGGAGACGGACCCCAGGAGCACCCUCCCGGGACAGGCACGGAGGCGGAAACAACGGCAGAAACGGGAGGGAGCCGAUGGGGAUGGGCCGUUACCUCCUGGACGCUUCCUCCGGGGCUGUGUGCUGGGGCCAGCUCCAGGGAGAGGUAGAUUUUAAGACGGUGGUUUGGUUUUGUUUUUACUACGGUGCUGAUGUAUAUGUAAUGUCAAAAAAAAGUUAUUUGUAAAUAAGUUUUUACAAUACUGCAGAUAUCACUGGGUCUACUAUCUGUAAAAAAUAUACAUAUAAAUAUAUAUAUACUGUUUGUUUAAAAAUAGAGUAUUUUUAUUUCCUUCCUUCACUCAUCAUCACAGCGGUGGUAUCGCACUUCAGGAGACAUCUAAUUACUAAUUUGUACUGUAUGACCGAUGGCAACUUGCUCCAUUUUAUUCAGAUUUUCUAGUUUUCUGUUUUUAUUUUGUACAUCGAGCAUUGCUUAUUUCCUUUUAAGAACUGUACAGCAUUCUGAAAUGUAGAGACGAAGUGAUGUUGACAUACCACUUUUAAAGAAAAAAAAAAACAAAUAAAAGAUCGUUAUCUGAAGCCAA